AUGAACGCCGACCUUCCAACCGACGAGACUGCCAACAUGCCGUCUCUGCCCACUUCUCUUCCAACCUCUACCGCCAUGGACCAACCACCCACGCCGCCCUCUGCCACCCCCGCCAAGACCCCCAAAGCCCAGCUUUCGAAAGGCAUGUCCCACCUGCACGGCUUCGUCACCAUCGCCGAAACCCUAUCCGCCACAAACUCAACAGUCCAAUCCACCGAGACCGCCAGCGCCGUCCUCUCCCCCCUCCGCACUUCCUCCUCCCGCUCCCACGACCCAAGCAACAACCUCAAGCGCAGCGACCCCUUCCAAUUCGGCUCGCGGUACCUUGAAGAAGGCGACAACAUCUUUGAGUUCAACGCCUGGGACCACGUCGAGGUCGACUCCGCCUACGCGUCCUUUUCGGAAGAGCAGUUCGAGAAGCAGCGGCAGUCGCCCGUGAGCGACUGGGACAAGAAGCGGUUCAAUGAGAAGCCCGAGAAGUGGUGGGAUCUGUUCUACGCGCAGAACACGGCGAAUUUCUUCAAGAAUCGCAAGUGGCUGCAGCAGGAGUUCCCGGUGCUGGCGGAGGUGACGAGGGAGGGAGGGCCGGAGACGGUGUUGCUUGAGGUCGGUGCGGGGGCGGGGAAUACGGCGUUUCCGAUCCUCAAGCUGAAUAAGAAUGAGCGGCUCAAGAUCCACGCUUGCGACUUCUCGAAGAAGGCGGUUGGGCUAAUUAGGGAGAACGAGGCGUACGAUGAGCGAUACAUCCGAGCGGAUGUCUGGGAUGUAGCGGCCACAGGACCCGAGAGUCUGCCGCCGGGACUGCAAGAGGAAAGCGUUGACAUCGUGAUGAUGAUAUUCAUCUUCUCGGCUUUGGCGCCCGAGCAAUGGGAACAGGCGGUGCGCAACAUCUGGAAGGUCCUGAAGCCCGGAGGAACGAUGCUCUUUAGGGAUUAUGGAAAGGGUGAUCUGGCGCAGGUCAGGUUCAAGAAAGGCCGGUACAUGGGCGAGAACUUCUAUGUGCGGGGGGACGGAACGAGAGUGUACUUCUUUGAAAGGGAAGAGCUGGAAAGGAUUUGGGGAGGGAAGGAGCUAGGAGGUCUUGAUCAAAGGGCCGUGAAGGGUAGUGAUGAUGGCGCAAACAGCACUGACAACACCACCGAAAUCACAGACAAGGUCAAAGACCUCAAGCUCAGUAGCACAGACUUGAUCCAGCAGACCAAAGAAGCGAUUGCGGACGAAUGUUCCAGAGACCCGGAUGGGGGUUUUGAGCGGCCAGCUUUCGAGAUCGUCGACUUUGGCGUCGACAGGCGGAUGUUGGUGAACCGCCAACGCAAGCUCAAGAUGUACCGGUGCUGGAUGCAAGCCAUUUUCCGGAAACCACUACAGGAUGACGGAAACAAUGAAGUUGCUGGAACUAAUGGUGUUAAUCAUGCCAAUGGGGAAGCACCGUAA